AUGUUGGGAAAUUUAACAGCAACAGCGAGAGUAUUCGAACGUACGCUAGUGCUUUCCAAUCACAGAACUAUUUACCUUUUUAAACCCUGCAAACAUGUUAUAAAAAUUCGUUCUUUCCAUAGUACCAUUACUAGACCUUUCGCAAACUCGUCCUCGUCGAGUGAUUUGCCUACUGGUAAGAAUUCUCCCUUAAAACCAACAAUAGAUAACAAUAAAAACAAUUUAGCUACUUCAAAUACUGCGAAGGAAACACCACCUUCAGCAGCUGCCAACGAGGAAACUGAAAGUAAUCAGCCUCCCGAGGAAAGUCAGUCUCAGCCAUCUUCAGACAAUAAUGCGACUGAACAUGUAGCUGAAUACAUUUUACGUUCACCAACGAGACGAAAACGUUCUAUUACUCGUUCUCGUACACGCGUGUCAAAGCCAUCAAACUCUUACAAACCAGUGAUACCUCAAUUGUUUUUGAAAGAAAAUUACUUGCCAAUUAAAAAUAAUAAACAUUCUUUUGCGUCAAUGAGUUACCCCUUGGAAGAUGGGAUACGUGAUGAAAUUUUGUAUAGUGCGCGUGCAAAUCUUUUUUCUGUUCCAAAAGGCAAUGGCAUACCUGCACGGCGUGGUCAUUUAUUGUUAAAUUGUCCGAUUGAGGGUGCAUCAUAUUAUUUGGAUUCCAUUGUGAAAAGUGUUGCCGCAUCUUUACAUGCCGAUUUAUUGACUUUUGAUCGGCAAGAUUUGAUGGAAUUGACUGCGAUAACACCGUGGCCACUAUUUCCGGAACUUAAGGGCUUUAAUCCAUAUAUUGCCGCAUCACCAUAUUCCACAACUUCUUCCUUUUCUUCAGACGAUGAAAUAGAUGAUGAUGUUUUCAUGGAAGAGGAAGGCUUCGAAUCACCGUCGUCUCGCAAUUCUGGUUAUGAAAAUAAAACUUUGGCUGACAAUUUUCAAUAUAGUUCAUCUCAAACAAACGGUUCUUUACGCGCAGAGAUGAAAAUUAUCCUUGAUAAAAUAGACCGAUUUUUUGAGGCAUUAGUUUCUACACCUUUUUCUGAUAAUGUUAAUUCAUCGAAAAACAUGUCAUCAACACCAAAAAUCAUAUAUUUCCGUGAUGUUGGGGAUUUAGUUCCAACUACUUUUGGCAGCGCAUUGAUUAAUAGCCUUGUUGAAGCAGUACAAAACCAACGAUAUUUAGGUGAUCAAAUGAUGAUAAUUGCUGGAUAUUCUCCAUCAUUGUUUGCUAUAGAAAAGAAGUCAUCAUUAAGUCCCUCAAAUAACUGCAUACCAUCACAUGAAAUUCAAUGGGUCAGCGUUGACAUAGUUCCGAAUCCUGCAAUGUUGGCUGCCUUUACUCAUAUAGCCAUACCUCCCCCGUCGUCACCUGUAUUGGCUCAACAUCUGCAAACCAUGAUUGCAGAGGAUAAGAAUGUCGCUAUAAGACAUAUUAACGUACGUACUUUAAAAGCUGUAUGCGCUAGCAAGGGUGCUUAUUUCAAAGUCAACGAUAUUAAAGAACUGGGAUGUCUUCUUGCACAACUGGAUGGUUUGGAUAAUGAAGUAUGGGGAUUUGAGCGUGUUCAUCGACUCGUGAUGAAUGCUAUUGGAAUAUCUCUUGAAAGACAGGAUUUAUCAACAUUAAAUGAUCAAAUAUAUUUGGAAGUUGAACAUUUUAUUUUGGCGUCAAAUACUUUAAGAGCAAAUCAAAAGCUACGGAAAGACUUUGUUGAGUCAGCUUCAUCUAAUAAUGACGUAACGAACAAAGGUCCCGAAAAGCUAGUAAGUAUUGUAGGUAUUGGGGAUGGUAAAAUAAAUUUAUCAAACCGAAAAAACAUGAGAAAAGAGGACCUUGAUAAAUAUGAAAAAAAACUUUUAGGUUGCGUGGUAGAUCCAGGUAAGGACGCGCUAACAUCAAAUGUUGCUACAUUAAACGCAGAGAAUAUUUAUGUAGGAUUUUCUGACAUACAUGUUGCGGAAUCUACUGUUCAAACUCUUCAAACGUUGAUUACCUUACCUUUAAUGCGACCACAAACAUUCUCUUAUGGAGUCUUGAAAAGGCAUUUUAUAACUGGUGUAUUACUGUUUGGGCCACCUGGAACUGGUAAAACUAUGUUGGCGAAAGCCGUUGCUAAAGAAAGCGGUAGCACUGUUAUCGAAAUUAAAUCCAGCGAUGUAUACGAUAUGUAUGUUGGUGAAGGUGAGAAAAAUGUUCGGGCAAUAUUUUCUCUUGCCCGUAAGCUAUCACCAUGUGUGAUAUUUUUAGAUGAGCUUGAUGCGAUAUUUGGGUCCAGGAGAUCAGACAUACACAACGGGGCACAUAGAGAGAUCAUCAACCAAUUUAUGGCAGAGUGGGAUGGUUUAACGUCCCGUAAUGAAGGUGUACUGAUUAUGGGUGCAACCAAUCGACCAUUUGACUUGGAUGAUGCCAUUUUAAGGAGAGUGCCAAGGAGGAUAUUAGGUAUUACAUAUUUUCAAGAAUUUGAAUCAAUAUUGGCCAAUUAUAUAAGAUUUCAUCGCCAGUCAUUUGUUGAUCUACCUACUGAGAAGGAUCGUGAACACAUCCUUCACUUACAUCUUCGUGACGAGAAACUUGAUCCGUCGAUAUCAUUGGCAAGCUUAGCGAAAAUAACCAACCUUUACUCUGGGUCAGAUUUAAAAAAUUUAUGUGUUAGUGCUGCUCUCGCCGCCGUCCGCGAGGAUGCAGAAAAAGAACAAGCUAAUUCUAGCACACUUGUCAAAGGGAUUACGAAAAAGACCCUUGACAAACAUCCAGAGAUCAGAGUGUUGAAAACUCAUCAUUUUCAGCUUGCACUUAAACAAGUAACACCUUCUUGUUCAGAAGAUAUGUCAAGUUUGACUGAGCUGAGAAAAUGGGAUACAAUGUACGGUGACGGAGCAUGGAAUAGAAAAAGACGUUCAAAAGGAAUAGGGUUCGAUAUCGAUGCAGGUCUUUCAGAUAAUGCAUCUCAAUUUGGUGGUGUAAGUCCGUGA